CAAUUUAAAAAGCAAUUCUGUAGACCCCCAGCUGUAAAAUGCUGUGCGAAUCGUGCGACGUGGACGAAUCAGCUGACGUGGGCAAUUUCUCGGUGGCCUUCUUUCUGAAGCAGGAGAUUGAGCAUGCGUCCAAUAACAUCCUGCGCUCUGAUUGGCUGACGGGAGCGGGUAGGCUCUUCUAUAUAGUCGAUCCAGCCACUACUACGUUCAAGAACCACAGGGAUGUCCCGCCGUUUUUCAGGCAGGCAUGGCCCUACUUCCUAGCCUUUAUCUUAAUAGAAAACAUCAUCCUAUGGUUGAAAAAGAAACCAACGAUGAGAUUGAACGACGGGAUCACAUCGAUAUCUCACGGAAUAUUCCAAGAGUGUGGCAGGUUAUUGUUCAGAGGAGCCGAGAGCGCCCUCUAUGUAUAUAUUUACGAGAACUAUAGACUGAUGGAGCUCCCCUGGGAUUCUCCUAUGACUUGGUACAUAGCGGCCAUUGCUGUCGACUUCUGCUAUUAUUGGGUACACCGAGCCAGCCAUGAAAUCCAUAUAUUUUGGGCACAACACCAAGUCCAUCACAGCUCUGAAGACUACAAUCUAACCGUGGGACUAAGGCAGUCUGUGCUUCAGGGAUGGUGUGGAUUUGCGUUCUACCUACCCAUGGCCCUGUUUGUCCCACCAGCGCAGUUCCUAACCCACCAACAGUUCAACCUCAUGUACCAGUUCUGGAUCCACACAGAAACUGUCAAAUCUUUGGGACCUCUAGAAUGGGUUCUCAACACACCUAAACACCACAGACUGCAUCAUGGCAGCAUGCUAUGGUGUCUGGAUAAAAACUAUGGCGGCUGUUUAAUAAUUUGGGACAGGUUAUUUGGGACAUUUGUAGAGGAUAAGAAGGAGCAGGAGAUUAUCUACGGCCUUGUCUACAACCAGCCAUCUUUCAAUCCUUUCUUUCUACAGAUUUUCUACAACAAAAACCUGAUAAACAAAUGGAAAGCAAAAGGCUUGAAAAACAAAUUGUGUUCUUUGAUAAAAGGACCAAGCUGGCUGCCUGGGAGACCUUGGACUGGUGUAGAUGAGGAUAAACAUAGUGUGACGCAUCGUAUAAAAUACGAUGUAAAAUUGGCAACAUGGUGUAACGUCUACCUCAUAGUCCACUUUGCUGCCGUGCUCGUGGGGUUUCAGGAAUUGAUGCUUAGGCAUAUGAACAUGAGCCCGGCAGCAGUUUUCUGCUCAGUAAUCUACAUUUUAGUUUCGCUCACUGUGAUUGGUCUAAUGUUCGAGGACCACCCUAGAGCGGCCAUCUUUGAACUGAUCCGCUGCAUAGCUCUGGCCGCCAUCUUGCCGAGCUACGGCGGCGGUCACCCAUCCAGCAGCGGUCCCAACUUCCUGUUGCUGCGCUGCUUCUUCGUGCUUUCGGCAGUCUUCUGGUCGUUACAUUGUCUCAAAGUGCUGCAAAUCAGAGUCAAAACUAAAUCGUUGUAAGACUGAAAACUUUGAGGAGUUUUUUUUAAUAUUCAAUAUUUAUUGAAGCAGUUUAACUGUAGUGUCGUGUGGAAUUGGGUGCAAGAAUAAUUGGAUAAUUGUUUUUAUUAAGGGUGGAGUUGGGACUGUAGGUCCUCUCUGCCACACAACCCCAAGAAUUAGAAUCAUUGAAACGAUAGGUCUCUACAUCAAUAUUAUUACUGUCAAUAUACACAUGUAAAAGAUACUGUAAUACACAUGUAUAUUAUACUGUAAAAUACACAGUUUGUUAUAACUUAUCCUGCAUGGAAAUGUAAUAAAUAAAAUUAUGAAAACUUGUAUGAAUUGUAAAUGUAGGCUACCGUACCAUCUUUAUUGGUUCAGUAUCAUUGUACAACAAGACAAACACCGAACAAACAAGACAAACUUUGAACACUGAUUUUAAUUCUCAAUAUCUAUUCAUAUUCUGUAUAAAAUAAGUUGAGGGUUGGAGAAAAUAUCAGUGUUGCCAAAUUAUGCGAAAUUUGAAUAUUUUCAUGGAAGCCAAUAUAUUAAAGAGGAUGUAUUCAAUCUGACAACGUGUGGUCAAUUUAAUAAUAUGUAAUAUUAUACAACACAGUCGAUGCAGACUUGUCAAUUCGAGUAUCCUAUACCAUUAAACGAGCAAUUUCUGUUUAUAUGUUUAAAUGUUUGGAUGUUUAGAUGUUUGUAUUUCACCGGAUCUCGAAAACGGCUCUAACGAUUCUCACGAAAUUCAGAACAUAUAGUAGGUUUAUAAUAUGAAAUUUUGAUUGCACUACGUCUCAUCCAUGGGAAAACUCGCUGAAGGACAUUAAAAUGAUAAUUAUUAUUCAUCUUUGGAAAAACAGCUGAUAAUAAUUAUUCUGUCGCCUGUUGAUGAUGGAAGUGAGUGAGCGAGCUGAUGUGUGUGGGACUGUGUCAAAAUUAUGACUCAGCUGUUGAACUUAUGUAAUCAUUCAAUCAGGUACUUGGUGCCGGUUGCAAAAAAGCCGGGUUAUUUUCAAUCGUGAUUAAUUCCAGUAAACUCAUGUUUUUGGAAUGGUCUUCUCUGAUUUGGUUCACGUGAAAUUAAUCAGGAUUAAAAUUUAACCGGCUUUUGUGCAACCGGGCCUUUGUGAGGGAAAUUUUUGCAUUCCUCUGGGAAUUAAUCUCAAUUAACUGUGAUUAGAUAGAACAUUUCUAUAUUAAUGUUAUUAUAAUUUCUUCUUUCGUAAUACAUUUUUUAUGCUUUUGUACUCUAGAGCGAAGCUCGGUCCCCGAUAUUAUCCAGUAAUAUGUGCUUCCAUGGAGAAAUAGGAAUUUUGCACAAUUUGGCAACAAGAAUAUUUUCUCUGAAUCUCAAUUAUUUAUUGUAUAGAAAUCAUGAAGAAUUAUUAUAAUUUUUCAUUGUGUUUGUGUAGAAUCAGGUACAAAUAUCAUUAACCAAAAUUGUUACUCUUGCAGUAGCUGUAGUCUAUAAUAUAAGAGGUUUAACAAUUUGAAUUUAUUAUAAUAUUAAUUGCCUUUUCAAAAUUCAAUACAACAUUGGAAUUUUUUUUUCUGUAUUCAUAUUUAUAGUUUUGUGUAUUUGUAUUUCUAUCCAGUGACAUUCUAAAUUUGAUACUUACUGUACAAUAUUCUAAAGCCACGUUUCUAUCAACAAAAUUUUGUUCACAAAUAAUUUUCUUCAAAAAAGUGUCAAUUUAUUCUUUAGUAAACAAGUUGAAUGCUUCUGUGCUUUUUAAGAAAUAUUAUUGGUGUAGUUGAGAAGUUGAUAUUGUGGUACCUAAUUAUUCAUAUUGAAUAAAAAUACUAAGAAAUUGUCAAAAACCUGAUAGAAAUUGAUAGUUUAUCAGAGAUUGACAAUGGUGUAACAACCGAAACCGGACUUUCUAAGUGUCAAUGAAUCUGUGGUUUUUGACAAUUUCUUAAUAUUUUUAUUUAAUUAAAAUAUUAUUGGCAAAAAAUUGCUAAAAUUUGUUGAAAUCUUAGUUGACAACUCUCUUGUAAACGUGUUUUUAUGUAUUGUAGACUACAUUCUUCUUUCUCCUCCAAGCGCUACCAAGAUAAAUAAACUGUGCCUAAAAAUGUAAUUAUUUGUAUUCGUAGAAAUAUUCUAAAUUUUAUAUAGGUCUACUACUUACUUUAUCGGAUAAGAUGGCCAUACUAAUUUUUAAGAUCCAAGUCAAUUGAAUACGUAUUACUUUACAAAGAUAACGGCCUACGUUAGUAUGUAAUUCGAUAAUAAAUAAAACAGGUCAGGGAAGAUUAUAGAGUUUAAGAAAUUGAUGGAAUCAUUUAUAGCAGUAUUUAUGAAUAUCAUGGAAAAUAUAUAAAAUCACGGAGAAA